GUCCACCUAUAAGAACUGGACAAGAAAUCCGGCACGAUUCCAUCAUUGCACAGCCGGGGAUUCCAAAUGGCCAGCCUGGCGGGGUGCAGGUGGCAGUUGAUCUGAUCCUCCGGGUGACCUGCUCAACCACGAUCGGAGCAACCCUCAAGGCUUGA